AUGUCGACGACGCUCUUGCGCCCAGCGGCGUGCAGUGACCACCCGUUCGUAGCGAACAUGACGCUUGGCCCUCUUGCAAUCGAUUACGUCCACAUCCACUACUGCUCACUAUACGAUCUGCCUCUGCUUUCGUUCUCACUAUUGAUCGUAUGGCUCGCCGCGCUCUUUUACUUCCUUGGCAGUACAGCGGAUGGCUACUUUUCGCCAACGUUAGCAACUCUCAGUGAUCGCCUCCGGCUUCCUCACGAUGUUGCGGGUGUCACGUUCCUGGCCUUUGGCAACGGAGCACCUGACGUGUUUUCAGCUAUUGCAGCGUACGGCUUUGGUGUGAGUGAGACAGGGAUCAAUGAGCUACUAGGAGGAGCGAUGUUCGUCUCCACGGUCGUCGUAGGCGGCGUAGCCAUGGCUAGUGCCGUAGAGGUGCAGCGCUGGGCGUUUCUACGCGACGUGGGGGCGCUCCUCACCUCGCUGCUGUUGUUCCUCCUGCUCGCUGUACGCAGCGGAAAGGAAGAUAUGUGGAGUACAGCAGUGUCAGCUGUCACGCUGUUGGCGUUGUACGGGACAUACGUCGGCAGUGUCGUCCUUUCAGCCUGUGUGGCGAGGUACAAAGCAGCUCCCAACGAUAUUCGUGGCGACGAGUUGGUAGGCAAGUCAACGCUGAUGAUCAAAGCGUUUUGGCACGCGCUCUCGCCAAGAGGGAAUGAUGCAAAAGGAGUGAAGAGGCCUGGGCAGCCUGAGCACGAAUAUGCAUUUGUGACGGGGUCCAAUGCUGAGCCAGAUACCGAGAGCGUAGCGGAUAGCUAUCGUGCAGGGAUGCCGCAGGAGCUUGAGAAACUCGGGAUGUCUUCGUUUGGUCCAUUGGCAGGUCCCAGGUUUUCCAGUCGAGUGUAUAAUGACCACUUUGACGUUGACGAGAGUGAGUCGUUGUCGUCUCCGCUCAUGGCCGAAAGCGAGCGCGAUGCCGUUGAUGAUGGUAAGCAAAUGCUUCCAAAGUGGCAGCAGCACAUGCGCUGGAGAUGGCGCUUGAAGCGUCGCGUCGUUCGGAUAUUUACGAGCGACAAGCCGCUUGUGGUGAAAGUGCUUUGCAUCCCACAAGCGGCACUUUUUCUUGUCCGAGACAUCACCAUUCCUCUCUUCGAUGAUGAGUCAUGGUCGCGUCCGAGAGCGUGUCUAUCGCCUACAACAGCUCCGCUACUAGUCGCAGCAAUGAGCGGAUACGCCAACGUUGAUAUCUGUGGCGGAAGAUUCUCGCACCGCGUACCGCUGUGGCAAGCACUCACGAUCGUGGGUGGCUUUGUAAGUGGCAUCGUCGCGCUCUGUACGCACCGGUCGCAUGCGCCGCGUUCAUUCAAAUCGUCGAGCCUACUACUUUCCCUGGCAUUUGUGGCUUGCGUGUGCUGGAUUUAUGCCGUGGCGAAUGAGCUGAUGGCGUUGCUGGCUGCAGUGGGCUAUAUCACGCAUGUCAGCAACAGCUUGUUGGGACUGACAGUGCUUGCAUGGGGGAAUUCGGUAGGCGAUCUCAUCACGGACGUGUCCGUGGCUCGCGCUGGGUUUUCGCAAAUGGCUAUUGCCGGAUGUUUUGCUGGCCCAGUUUUCAACAUACUGCUCGGGUUGGGACUUCCCAUGGUGCUUGCAUUCGUGUCCGGGCGCAGCGAAGCCUUGUCGAUGGACGUCCAUGCUCGGGUAUCGUUAGUCUUCCUCUUUGUUUCGCUCACUUCGACACUGUUGGUCUUCGGCCACUACAAGUACCGCUGUCCGGUGUGGUACGGCAAGCUUCUUAUCGCUUACUACUGCGUCUAUUCGCUUAUGAAUUUGAUUGUGGCACUUCGUGUGGGGCCGAUCUAG